AUGACGUGGCACGUUUUAAUUGGUCUUAGCUCUUGUGAGCCAAUCAAGUAUAAGAAGGAUGUUGAUGAGGUAAAUAGAAGGACCAGCGGGACUGAUGGAACUGAGUUUGAUGGGACAGAUGUGAUUGGAAACACAAAACAUUUGAUGAGUGCAGUGAACUCCUUACCUGAGUUGACUGAAAAGGAACUAAGAUGGAUAAACUACGUACGAUUUGCUAUCAUGUAUCUCAUUUCAUCAGAAAGCAUUAACCAUGCAAAGAUCAAAUCGCUGAAUGUCUCAUUGGCAUCAGCAAAUUCUGCUAGCAGAUCGAAGCAAAAUGUAGUUGAUUGGGGGCAUGAGAAGCUCUAUGGGCAGUCAUUUAGUGCUGUGACAGCAGGUUUCAAAAAUCUGUUAUAUUCUAGUGAUAGGCAGCUGGCACUAACUAGGGCAGUGGAGGCUUUGAUGGAGGGAAAGCCAAAUCCAGAAGUUGAUUCUUACCUUAUGUUUGAUCCUCGUGCUCCGGAGUCAAGCUCGGGAAGCAACCAUUUAAAAGGACCUUUUAAGGAGGCUAUAGUGCUCAUGGUUGGUGGUGGUAAUUAUGUGGAGUACGGGAGCCUGCAAGAGCUUGUACAGCGUCAACAGCCUACGAGGCAUGUUAUCUAUGGAACAACAGAAAUACUCACAGGAGAGGAGUGUUUUGUGGAGCAGCUUGCUAUUUUGGGCCAGAAAAUGGGAUUGGGUGGUGCUCCUGUUGCUGCUCCAACUCUGUGA